AUGGACGCCGUCGACGUCUCUGAGCACUACGAGGUCACCACCGCUGAAGAAACCCCGUCGCUUCUGUCGGUGAUCGUAGACACCAAUCCGCGCGCUUGGGCUGCCCUGGACGACGCGCUGCCGCUCUCGAAAGCCAUUGCCAACAUCCUCGUCUUCGUCAAUGCCCACCUGGCCUUCAGCAACGCCAACCAGGUCGCCAUUAUCGCGGCCCACGUGAACCGCGCUGUCUGGCUCUACCCCACGCCGCCAGGGGAUGCCUCCGCGAAUGCGCGCGUCAGCGACGCCGUGCCAUGCGUCUCGCCCAGCUCUGCAAACAAGUUCCCCCAGUUCGCGCAGAUUGAGACGGCCGUGCUCUCGUCGAUGCGCAAGCUCCUGAGCGAGACGACCGAGCGCGAUCUCGAGUCCACCACCACGCAGCUGUCUGGAGCUCUAACCCUAGCACUCUGCCACAUCAACAAAGCUUCCCAAGCUCUCGGCGGACCGUCGGCAGGUGUGGUCGGCGGUGCCUCGCUCAACACCACCACGGCUCCUCCUCCUGUCAAGGGCCGCAUCGUCGUCGUUUCCGUGUCCGACUCCGAGCCCUCCCAGUACAUCCCCACCAUGAACGCGGUGUUUGCUGCGUCUCAUGCGCAGGUCGCAAUCGACACGUUGGCCCUCUGCGGCGACGCCACCUUCCUGCAGCAGGCGUGCUUCAACACAAACGGAACAUUCCUGCUGGCCUCGAAACCUCAAGGCCUGCUCACGUAUCUCAUGUUCGGCCUCAUUGCCGACACGGAGGCCCGUCAGUCGCUCAUCGCGCCCACGCACGACAGCAUAGACUUCCGCGCUGCUUGUUUCUGCCACGGCAAGGUUAUAGACACGGGAUUCGUGUGCUCCAUCUGUCUCAGCAUAUUCUGCCAAGUACCCGAGGACUUGGACUGCUUGACCUGCGGAACUAAACUCACUCCGGGGAACUAUGGCUCGAGACCAGCGGUUGUCCCGCGGAAGAAGAAGAAGAAGAAGAGAAUCGCCAACGGCAGCGGGCGCGAAGACACUGCAAGCGCUGCAAACACCCCUCGACCAUGA